AUGCCGUCGGAAACAAGUGCAGAAAGUCAACGGCGAUGUUACAAGUGUGGUCGUACACCGGCUGAGGACUCACUGACUACAUUAUUUCGCUUUCCUAAACCUGGAAAAACGAAUACAUUACGCUGUGAAUUAUGGGCAAAAUACUGCUUUCCUGAUAAAGAAUACUGGUCACCAGAAUUCCAGCAUAAACUACAUACACAACAUAAAAUGCUCUGCAAUAGACAUUUUCCAAGGACAUCAUUUAGUGAUUAUCCUGAAACUUCAAAGAAACUCCACAGAUUUGCAGUUCCAGAUGAAAUCAAAGAGACUGAGCCUCAACCGGGUCCAUUAUAUCGGGUGCAAGUUUUGAAUGAAAAAAUCAACUGCCAUUAUGCACCAAAACCAUUACCAUCCUUUAAAAAACCAACACUUGAACCAUUACCAGGAACUUCACGAGUGUUGCAUGCUUCAUUUGAAGAAAAUGUGCCGAGUGAAAUCAACCCUCCUUCUCAGACCACAUCAAAUUGCUCAACCACUCCACUUGGAUCAAAAGUUCGCAUUUUCGACGGGCAACGUGACGCAACAUGUUUCAACGUGCCGAAACGGAAAAACGAGGAAAGCGUUGAAUUUCUUUCGAAACGCCUGAAGGAACUCGAAAGAUAUCCAAACGUAGCACGUCCUAUACGACGUGGUUCGAAAUCAUCCUCGGGUUCCACAUCGGGUUCCUCGUCGUCUUCACAGAGCGAGCAGAAAAUUCCGGAUUACCAAAAUGACCGUGACGCAGCCGUACCCGCACACGAAGACGUACUGUCCGAUGCGCCACUUGCCGUAGCUCCACCCAGCCACGCUAGAGCCACCGACCAGAUCGCUGGUCCGUCAAACCUAACACCACCAAUUAAUUACCCAGCGCCCUUGACUCCUUGUACUGAGGAAACGGGCGAAUCAAACGAAAAUGGUACCGGUCAAUCUGAACUACUAGACAUAUUGGGCGCUGAUCCAUCAGUAGCCCAAGAGUUCGGUGACGAAAUUAACCAGGAGGUGGCCAGUACAUUUGAACAUAUAGCCACAACAGGUUUAGAAGAGCAAGUAAGGCAAGAGUUAAUACAAAAGUUCUUAGUGCCUUCUAACUGCACUAAGAUCGCUGCUCCGAUGCUUAACGCCGAGAUAGAAGUGGCGUCAGGAGGAACCGUUGUGAAAAGAGACAAAGCCAUUCAAUAUAGACAAAAACAGCUUGCAGCAGCCAUCACCGGCAUUGGUCGUAUGCUGACAUCCCAAUUAAGGAACGAGGAGAAGAGCAACCUUUCGAAGCAACUAAUAGAGAUUGGAUGUAUACUUUGCGACAUACAGCAUAGCGAAUCGUCUUCUCGUAUGAAUUUCGCCCCCUAC